CCCGGCGGCGAACAGCGCCCGCGCAGCGGCGGGACCUCGGCGGCUCCGGGCCGGGCCAGGCGGCGGCCAUGGCAGCGGCGGCCGUGGAGAGCUUCGUGGCCAGGCAGCUGGACCUGCUGGAGCUUGAGAGGGACGCGGAGGUGGAGGAGCGCAGGUCCUGGCAGGAAAACAUCUCUCUGAAGGAACUCCAGAGCCGAGGCGUCUGUCUGCUGAAGCUGCAGGUGUCCAGCCAGCGCACCGGGCUGUACGGACGGCUGUUGGUCACCUUUGAGCCCCGGAGAUGUGUGUCUUCGGCCGUGCUGCCCAGUAACAGCUUUACUUCCGGUGAUAUAGUGGGUCUGUAUGAUGCUGCUAAUGAAGGCAGUCAGCUGGCCACUGGGAUCCUGACCCGCAUCACCCAGAAAUCGGUCUCGGUGGCCUUUGACGAAUCCCAUGAUUGCCAGCUGAGCUUGGACCGAGAGAGUUCCUACAGACUUUUAAAACUUGCCAAUGACGUCACGUAUAAGCGACAGAAGAAAGCUCUGAUUACCCUCAGGAAGUACCAUUCUGGCCCAGCAUCCUCGCUCAUAGAGGUCCUCUUCGGCGCGUCAGCCCCCAGUCCCGCCAGCGAAAUAGGCCCGCUGACGUUCUGCAACGCCUCCCUGGACGCCUCCCAGAAGGAAGCUGUUAAGUUCGCACUGUCCCAGAAGGAACUGGCCGUCAUCCACGGGCCUCCUGGCACUGGGAAGACCACCACGGUAGUUGAAGUCAUCCUCCAAGUUGUGAAGCAGGGCUUGAAGGUGCUGUGCUGUGCGCCCUCCAACAUCGCAGUGGACAAUCUGGUGGAGCGUCUGGCUCAGUGCAAGCAGAGGAUCCUGCGCCUCGGGCACCCUGCCCGACUUCUGGAAUCCAUUCAGCAGCAUUCCCUCGACGCGGUUUUAGCGCGGAGUGACAACGCACAGAUUGUCGCAGAUAUCAGAAAGGACAUCGACCAGGUCUUUGUGAAAAACAAAAAAAUCCAGGAGAAGCAAGAGAAAAGUAAUUUUCGCAGUGAAAUCAAGCUGCUAAGAAAAGAACUCAAGGAACGGGAGGAGGCGGCCAUGCUGGAAAGCCUCACGUCGGCGGACGUGGUCCUUGCGACAAACACGGGUGCUUCUCCCGACGGCCCUCUGAAGUUGCUGCCCGACGGCUACUUCGACGUGGUGGUCAUCGAUGAGUGUGCCCAGGCCCUCGAAGCCAGCUGCUGGAUCCCCCUGCUGAAGGCCAGGAAGUGCGUCCUGGCUGGAGAUCACAAACAGCUGCCCCCCACCAUCGUCUCUCACAAGGCUGCGCUGGCCGGGCUGUCGCUCAGCCUGAUGGAGCGCCUGGACCAGGAGUAUGGCGCCAGGGUGGUGCGGACGCUGACCGUGCAGUACCGCAUGCACCAGGCCAUCAUGCAAUGGGCCUCGGAGGCCCUGUACGCCGGGCAGCUCACGGCGCACCCUUCCGUGGCUGGGCACCUCCUGCGGGACCUCCCGGGCGUGGCUGCCACGGAGGAGACGGGCGUCCCCCUGCUGCUGGUGGACACGGCUGGCUGCGGGCUAUUUGAGCUGGAAGAGGAGGAUGAGCAGUCUAAGGGGAACCCUGGUGAAGUGCGCCUCGUUGCUCUGCACGUCCAGGCUCUGGUGGAUGCUGGUGUCUGCGCGAGUGACAUUGCCGUCAUCACGCCGUACAACCUCCAGGUGGACCUGCUCAGACAGAGCCUCGCUCACAGGCACCCCGAGCUUGAGAUCAAGUCUGUCGAUGGCUUCCAGGGCCGGGAGAAGGAGGCCGUGAUCCUGUCCUUCGUCAGGUCCAAUAGGAAAGGGGAAGUUGGUUUCCUCGCCGAGGACCGGCGCAUCAAUGUUGCUGUCACCCGCGCUCGGCGCCACGUGGCGGUCGUCUGUGAUUCUCGCACUGUCAACAACCACGCCUUCUUGAAGACCCUGCUGGACUACUGCACAGUGCAUGGGGAGGUGCGCACAGCCUUUGAGUACCUGGACGACAUCGUCCCCGAGAACUACUCCCAUGAGAGCUCCCAGGGCCCUGGCCAGGCUGGCGUGAAGUCGCGAGGCUCUGCUGUGCCUGCUAGGAAGGCUCCCAGGAGCAGGCAGCAGGAGGGGCCCCGGGGGGCCCGGGCGGCUGCCGGGCUGGGCCAGAAGCCAGGCGGGAGGGCUUUGGGCUCUGAGGCGCGUUGUCAGCCCAGCCUCAACGGAGGCAGCCCCGAGGGAGCAGAGAGCAGAGACAGUGCAGACCACUUCAGGGCCCUGAUCGCCGACUUUAUGGCAAGUGAGGAGACACAACUGGAGUUUCCCGCCUCCCUCAACUCACACGACAGGAUGCAGGUCCACCAGAUCGCCGAGGAGCACGGGCUGAGGCACGACAGCACCGGAGAGGGCAGGAAGAGGUUCAUAACUGUGAGCAAGAGGGUCCCGGCGAGCCCACCGGUCCCACCCCCGCCACCAGGCCCCGUGCAGACGGAGCCCCCUGUCCAGGAGCAGAGCGGCCGGGACCCGCUGGACCUGAAGGCCCUGCACCUGGAAAGACUGCAGAGGGAGAGGAGCGGGCAGGAGCGGCGGGCCAAGGACGGGCCACAGGCCGCAGGCUCAGGGCCGCGGAAGGUGCCGGAAAAGAAGAAGAAGAAAGAUGGUAAAGGACACGCGGCCAUGAACCUGCCUGCCCAGGAGGACUUUGACGCCCUCGUCUCGGCUGCCAUUAAGGCUGAUAACACCUGUGGCUUCGCUAAGUGCACAGCCAGCGUGGUGACCCUGGGCCAGCUCUGCCUGCACUGUGGCCGCCGGUACUGCCUCAGCCACCACCUGCCCGAGAUCCAUGGCUGUGGUGAGCGGGCUCGAGCCCACGCCCGGCAGAGGAUCAGCCGGGAAGGAGUCCUCUACGCUGGCAGUGGGACCAAGGACAGGGCCCUGGACCCAGCCAAGAGGGCCCAGCUGCAGAGGAAGCUGGAUAAGAAGUUGGGCGAGCUGACCAGCCAGAGGAAGAGCAAGAGGCAGGAGAGGGAGAAGUGACGGACCGUCUUCAGAGGACGCGGCCGCCAGGGCGCCUGUCUGUGCAGGGGUGGCGGGGGCGAUCAGGGCUGCCCGAGAGCUCCCGCUCCCUGUGGCUGCUUGGGUGACAGUCCCGCCCCCCAUGCUGUCUCUACCCAGGCCUCGCAGGGCGACACGCCCUGUGGGGGACUUUCUAGCAUGGCCGCUGGUGGAGGAGGCGCCCGGGCGCUCUGGCAGUGCCAGCUGACCUUUCCUCGGGGCCUGGUGAGGGGUAGGCCCGGGCACACUGCGUCUCCGUCCUCACUCCCGCCUCGGACGUCUCCCAGUCUCUUCCCUCCCUCCUUGUCAAGACUGAAAUCCACCGUCUCAAUCUCGGGAGCUGCCGUGAGGGUCGGGAAGGGUCCACUCCCCUCCAGAGGCAUCCGGGCCGCAAACUCCCUGACAGUGACAUCCUGCUGUCCAGGGCCAGCCAGCUUCCUGCCUGUGUGGAGGAGAGAGGGCGCUCGCAAGCUCAGAGAAUGUGCCUGGCGGUGGCCCCUGCACGCUGGCCACUUCUCCGUGUGUCCCGUGCGGCUGCUCGCCCUUUGUCAGAACCGUGACUUCGCUGAGCCCCUCCCGUCUGUCUGUGGCUCCCCGGUGGCUGCAGUGGCCCCACCCUGACGCUGUAGGGCAGCGGGCUGGAGCGUGGCCCUUGGCUGUGGUUUGCAGGCUGCCAGCCUGUGAGCCCUUCCUGCAUCCCCCUGGGGACGGUCCCGGCCCGGCUCCCCUUGCAGCCCAGUGCCCUCUUGGAGGUGCUCUGUGGCCUUCCCUGCCGACGCUUCUGAAGAGAGCCUCGGGGGGGUGUUAUUGUAGUCUCCGAGUCUUAUUUGUUUCAAAGGGAGAUAAAUUAUUUAAAAAUUAAAACGUAUGCACACUGUCCA